AUGACAAAGAACGAUGAUUAUUCUGAAAACCCUAAGAAUCUAGCUGAAAACAAUGAAAUUUCGGGUUUCCAACACCUUGAAGACAUUAAGGAUUCUAACCCACCUAAAGAUCAACAACAAUCUCCCAUUAGCAAUAAUCACCUAAAAACAAUUUCAAGUUAUGACUCUAGCAUACUUCAAUAUGUGCCUAAUUUAGACUCAGUUGUUUACCCAUCUUCCAAUAAUAUAUCAAAACAAUCUUCACGGGAUGGAUUGCAGAAACUAACUAUGGCGUCCCCUCAAAAGAAAUUAAUACGAAGUAAAUCACAACCGUUCUAUAGCAGGUCUUCAGAGACUUCUAUUAGUCAACUUAACAAAUUCACUAAAAGCUAUAUUAUUCCCGCUGCAAAAUGGGCGUAUUCGCCAAUAUCCAACGGUAAGUCAAAGAAAGAAGAAUAUAUACCAUCUUAUAAGAUAGAGUAUUCUGUCUUCAAACCAUUGAAAAAUAUACGACCUGUCCAAAGCCAAAGCGAAUACAUAUUUCACUGGCAAAGAAUAAUCGAUGAAGAUCUUAAUGAAAGUAAAUAUCCUGAUAAUUAUUUGAAUAAGGACGAUUUUUCAAAUAUAGUAAUUAGCGUUACAGAUCUAAUCGAAUUGGACGGUUUUAAGCCGAAUCGUAUUUCCCAAGGUUCUUCAGGUAGCUACUUUAUAUAUAAUAGGAGGGUUUAUGAAGGUUCUCAAGAAAUAUACAGGGCAGGUAUAUUCAAACCAAAAGAUGAAGAACCUUAUGGACCAUUAUCUCCUAAGUGGACAAAAUGGUUACACAGAACAUUUUUUCCUUGUUUUUUUGGACGGUCUUGUCUUAUUCCAAACUUGGGGUACGUUAGUGAAGCUGCUGCCAGUAUACUCGAUCAGCAAUUGUUAUCCUUCAUUGUACCACAUACGGAAAUCAUACAUUUGAAGUCAAGCUCAUUUUAUUAUUCAUACUGGGAUAGACACAGAGCUUAUUCAAAAUUGUCUCCAAAAAUUGGUUCAUUCCAGUGCUUUUUGAAAGGAUAUAUGGAAGCCCAAGUAUGGUUCCAGCACUUUCCUAUUCCUAAUGAAAUAUCUGGAUUACCUGAAGAAUGUGAGAUCUUGGUUAGACAUAAUGAAAGUAUUUUAGAUUCACAUUUUAAAUGGAAUAAGAAGACCUUGCAACAAUUUAGAGAAGAAUUAGAAAAAUUGGUAAUAUUAGACUACAUAAUGAGGAAUACAGAUCGAGGUUUAGAUAACUGGAUGAUAAAAAUUCAAUGGAUUGAAAUUAAACGUAGUAAAUCUCAACGAAAAAUGACACCUAUUAUAAAGAUUGGAGCUAUUGAUUCGGGUUUGGCAUUUCCUUGGAAGCAUCCUGAUGAAUGGAGAUCUUUCCCAUUUGGGUGGUUAUUUUUACCCUUAUCUAUAAUCGGUCAGCCUUUCUCAAUGAAAACUAGAAAUCACUACUUGCCAUUGUUAACGUCUAUAACUUGGUGGGAAAUGACUGUCAAAAAGUUGAAAGAAGUAUUCAUGCAAGAUGCUGACUUCAAAGAAAGAAUGUGGAAAAAGCAGUUAUCAGUAUUGAAAGGUCAAGCAUUUAAUGUUGUUGAAGUAUUGAAGUUGAGCCAUGCUGGACCUCUAGAAUUGACCAGGAGGGAGACAUUGUUAAUCCGUGAUGAUGAGAUGAAUAUUCCAGAACUGGUGGAUUCGGAUAUAAUGAUAAAUGCAAUGCAAACAAGCAUUUAUGAUUUGAAUAAUAAGCCAUCUAUAGCCAACAAUGCUCCUAAGCUCAAUAUGUUGAAUGAUUUGGAACCUAAUGAAAUGAGUCCCCUAUUACCUGAUAAUAGUAGUAUUCGUACUACCAAAAGCGAACCACAUUUCAACAUGUCUGGGUUUGAAUAUAAUAUGAAUUUCAAUGAUGACCAAAGAAAUAAUAAUAUUGAUGAAGGUGGGACAAAUACAAAGAUGGUAGUGAUUGAAAGGCUAGAAAAAGUUAAAAACAAGCCACCAGUUUUUACUUGGUGUUAA